UACAGUAAUUCUAGUACAUCUUUUCCACAGCUUUUGAAGCCUGGAGUUAGUUGUGCAGAACAGCUCCAUUGGGCUUCUCCCAGGGUGCCAGCUGGGAGGAGUUUUGUCUAUAAAAGCUCACGCCUUUGGGAGCUGCGAAACAGAACAUUGUUUAUCUCCAAAGGAGGAGGAAAAGGAUCAUCCACCAUCCCUCCCCCAUCCAAGAUGUUUAAGCUGAACCUCGCCGAGGAAGCCAACAAGCUGAUAGGAAACUCAGCCCAGGACGCAGCUGAUUCAGCAAGUCAGGCGAUACAGCAAACAAUAGACCAGGCAACAGCGGCUGGUCAGAAAGCUUUGGAAGACGCCUGUAAAUCCGCUCAAGAUGCUGGGGAAAAGGCUGUGCAAAAUGUAACGAGCCAGGUAAACACCUGGGGGAAGAGCCUUGGACUGAGCGAGGAGAAGAAGGAUGUUCCAACCUAACCGCUCCUGUGAUCUUUUUGCUACACUGUUCAACUUUAUAUAUAAAGCGCAUAGGCUCUUUAACGCACUGGAAAUGCUGCUCUGAUGUUCAACUACGAUAUGCUUUUUACGCACUCAUUAAACGUAAAGCUGCAAAUCUUC